CUGACGCCCGCGAUUCUGCGGUGAAAUUCUUGCUGUUCUGCUUUUGGGCUUCAUUCAUAGGGGUUAGAUUUUCCGAGUAGAUGCCUGGUGUGGUGUCGGGAUUCCGGAAGGUCACCCCGCGAGUCAGCUUCUGCGUUCGCUGCAGUCUUUCCUGCUGAUCGCUCGGCCAGCCGCUGUCUCAAGCACCUGGGAGUUGAGUCUUGAAUCGACUCGAAAUACACCAGGAUCGCAAGAUUCUCGUCCCUCGGAUUCGCCCGUUCAGGUUCUAGGAGCCUUCUCAGUUGAGCGUCAUCAGCUGAGCGUCGUCAGUUGAGCCUCAGUUAGACGACACCGAGUGCCGGCGGUUGAGCCUCUUACUAGCGCCGCAAAUUUCCUCGCUCGCGUUCUUGGUACCAAGAACGCGGAAUACAGGAAUUAGAGGAAUAAUCACACGCUGAUUGUAGCGGGUCGUGAAUCAUUCUGUGACUGGAAGCUAACGAGCCAGCUCCAGCCACGUCCGCAGCCACGUCAUCUGCCACGUCAGCACGAUGCUGAAGAACAUGUUCGGGCCGAAGCUGACUCCGCAGCAGCAGCUGCGAGAGUGGCAGCGCAAGCUGCGGCAGGAGCAACGCAACAUCGAGAGGAACAUCCGAGAGAUCCAACGAGAGGAGGUGAACGUCAAGAAGGGAAUCAAGGAGGCGGCGAAGAGGGGCGAUCUGGGGUCAGCCAAGCACCUGGCCAAGGAGCUGGUCCGCUCAAGGAAGGCCAUCGGGCGCAUGCACGAGCAGAAGGCGCAGAUGAACUCCAUCUCGCUGCACCUGGGGGAGAACAUUGCCAUGGCGAAAGUGGCAGGGCACAUGGCGAAGAGCUCUGAGGUGAUGAAGCUGAUCAACGGCCUCAUCAAAGUGCCGCAAGUGGCAGCCACCAUGCAAGACCUCUCCAAGGAGAUGAUGAAGGCUGGUCUUAUAGGCGAGAUGCUAGGGGAGGCAGUGGACGAUGCUCUGGACACCGAGGAGAUGGAGGAUGAAAUGGAGGAGGAAGUUAACAAGGUGUUGGAUGAGCUGGCGACGGAAACUACCGCGCAGCUUCCCACGGCGGUUCGGCAGAAGCAACGGGCAGCAGAGGCAGCAGCGGAGGAGGAAGAGGAGGAGAGGGUGCCUCAGAUGGAGUUAGGGUUAGGAGCAGAGGAUGAGGCAGAAUUGGCACGACUCAAGGCGAAGUACAAGUGAUUAAUUGGUGGUAUCAGAAGCAGAGGUAGAGGAAGGAGCAGCAGUGGUAGCAGAAGUGCAGCAGCGGAGGAGGCUGAGCUGGCACAAUUGAAGGCAAAGUACAAGUGAAGUGCCAGUGACAGCAGCAGUAGCAGAAGAAUCAGAAGCAGCAACAGUAACCGCAGAGACAGCAGGGGAGGAGGAGGGGGUGCCUCAGAUGGAGUUCGGGUAAGGAGUCAGAGGAAGAGGCAGCUUUGGCAAGGCUGAAUAUCAGGGUAGCAAGAGAUGUGGCAGGGGUGGCUGCAGUAGUAGGUGAAGCAGGAGUGACAGCAGGGGCAGCAAAGGUCUCUUGGCAUACUUUGAACAUACUGUGUCUCGGGUAUAUUUCAGCCUUCUCAUUCUCAGCCACUUCGGGGAUGCCAUGUGUACAGGGUUGGUAGAGAGUGAAGGUGGGCAUCGCAAGUAUAUUGUACCCAUCGUCAGAUGUCUGGGAUUGAUCUUCUUCAAUCAAGAAGUUUGAACUGCCGUUGAGAACGGCACAUGUUAAUAUCCUCCUUUUUGAUUUGACAC